AUGGAAGAGGAGGCGACAGAGAAGCUCCUGCAGGAUGAGGGCUUCGAACUGGUAUCGCCCGACAUCGACCGCGAUGAAGGAGCGGACAAAUCAUCGGAAGAUGAUGAUGGAGAUGAAGAUGACGAAAAUGGAGAGGCCAGCGAGGGGAUCGAACACCGACAAAACAAGAGCCUCGAGGAGGGACAGGUGGUGCGGGUCAAGGUGCUCAACGUAUCCCUGCCCCUGCCACGCCACCUCACCAACUUCCACCACGAGCACCAAGUGGUCGCCUCGCUCCGCGACGUGGAGGGCGUGGUGCGGGUCGUGGCCCGCCUGUCGCGGCCCGGCGUCGAGGCCCUCGUCGUCGAGGACUUUGGCGGCGAAUCGCUCGACAAGUGGCUCGCCCGUGACGGCGCCUUCGCCUCACACGGCCUUGAGGGCAUCCGCACCUUUCUCGCGCUGGCCCUCUCCAUCACCCGCACGCUGGGCAACAUCCACAGCCGCUCCGUGGUCCACAAGGACCUCAAGCCCGCACCAAACCAACCGGAAAAUGAAGCGUUCACUAGAAAGAACGAAAAGCGACAGAAAGAGCGAAAGAGACUCACGCGUUCACAGCCACACAACCUCAUAUGGAACAGAGAUACGGGCGUGGUUAAGGUCUCCGACUUCGGCAUAGCGUCGGUUGUCAUUCGCAGCAAGGACACCACGUCGGCCCAAACGCAGGGCAAGCAGUCCGCUGUGCACCACGUUACGACCCGGCCGGUCGACUACCGGAGCGAUUUCUACUCGCUCGGCGUGACCUUCUUCGAGCUCCUCUGCGGCACGCCGCCGUUUCGCGAGCGCUCGGCCGUGCGGAUGAUGCACGCCCACAUGGCCAAGCAGCCGCCGCUGGCCCAUGAGCUCAACCCGAACGUGCCGCGCUGUCUGUCGGCGGUGGUCAACCGGCUGCUGGCCAAGUCGGUGGAGGAGCGGUAUCAGAGCAGCCGCGGCCUGGUGGCCGAUCUGCAGCGAUGCCAGGCCAUCAUCGAGGCCCGCGCGCAGGCCGACGACGAAGUCGACGACGCCGAGAAGGAGCGGCUGGUGGCCAAAGCCGAGGCGGCCGAGCUGGCGUUCGUGCCCGGGCAGGACGACGUGUCGGACGUGUUCGCCUUUCCGGCCAAGCUUUACGGUCGCGAGGAGGAGACCAGCCGGCUGCAGGACAUCUAUCGAUCCCUGUCGCACUCGCACGCUCAUCCCAAAAACCAGGUGUUGAUGGUGGCGGGCUAUUCUGGUGUGGGCAAAACGUCGCUGGUGGGCCAACUGCGGGAGGUCAAGCAGCAGGCCUACUUCAUCUCGGGCAAGUACGACUUCAACAAGCGCGACGUGCCCUAUUCGGCCAUCGUGGCCGCCUUCUCCGACGUCAUUCACCAGAUUCUGGCCGAGGAGGAGGAACAAGUGAGCCGGACGAGGGAGAGGCUGCGCGAGGCGGUCGGCACGAACGGCCAGCUGCUGGUGAACGUGAUUCCGAGCCUGGAAUUGCUGAUCGGCGAGCAGCCGGCGGUGGAGCUCGACCUGGGGAUGUCGGAAAUGCAAAAUCUCUACAACCAACUCUUCACGCGCCUAAUCGACGUCUUCUCGAGCAUCAAGCCAGGGCAGCCGUUGAUCAUGUUCCUGGACGACUUGCACUGGGCCGAUCAGCCGUCGUUCCUGCUGAUUCAGAAGAUUGUGUGUCGCACGCCGUCGACGGGGAGCGGUCCGCUGCUGCUGGUGGGUGGCUAUCGCGACAACGAGGUCAGCCCCACGCACCCGCUGUGGAUGCUCCUCGACGAGUUCCGCAACAAGGGCGUCCAGUGCAACAGCAUUCUUCUCGAGCCUCUGGGGAUUGACGAUGUAAAUAGGAUGGUGGCCGAUGUGCUGCACUUUGCCGAGGCGCCGGAGAGCACGCUCAAGCUCUCGGAGCUGGUGUUCACGAAGACCAAGGGCAACCCGUUCUUCACCAUCAGCUUCCUCACCAAGCUCCAUCAGAACAGCUCAUUGGGCUGUUGGCAGUGGGACCUGGAGAAGAUCGAGGGCAUGCAAUACACAGACAAUGUCGUCGAGUUCAUGGCACAGGAUCUGCGCAAACUCCCCAACGAGACUCUCGGUCUGCUGGAGGUGGCCGCCUUCUUCGGGGGCAAGUUCGAUGUGCGGGACAUUGCCGAGUAUGUGUCGAUGCCGGUCGAAGCCGUAGAAAACCUACUCUGGCAGACCCUUCAUCAAGGAUUCGUGAUGCGUUCCGGGGACUUUGACUAUCGGUUCCUGCACGAUCGCAUGCAGCAGGCGGCCUACGAGUGUGUGCCGCCCGACCGGAACAAGACGAUGCACCUGGACGUGGCCCAAUUCCUCAUGACCAAAGUCAACACCAAAGAGGACUUCACUCAAGCGACGUGGAACCGGAAGCAAGAGAGCUCGAACGAGCAACAACGAUUCGACAUCUUCGACGUUGUGUAUCACUUCAGCGAAGCUGCCGAUCUCAUCCAGGACCCCGAACAGCGGCUCGUCAUCGCGCGGCUCAACCUCAACGCCACCAUCAAGGGCAAGAACUCAAUGGCGUAUGAGAUGGCGCGUAAGGUGGCGGCUCAGGGAAUCGAGAUGCUCCCGGCCGAUAGGUGGGAGUCGCAGCACAACCUCGCCUUUCAGCUCUACCUGGAGCGGGCGCAGUGCGAGUACCUGUGCAAGAACGUCGAAGCCGCGGAGCAACUCUUCAGCGCGGUGGUAGAACAUGCCAAGGACGCGUGGGAAAAGAACGAAGUCUACAUUCAGCGCAACCAGAUGUCCACCUGCAUGCAGCGCUAUGAUGUGUGGCUCAUCAUCGUGCUGGCCACCUAUCGACAGGACAUGAUCUCGUACGGGCUGCAGGGGCUGGCCGCGCUCGGCCUGGACCUGCCGGCCGACCCGGACAACGAAAUGGUGCAGCGGGCACUCAAGGAGGUCGACCAGCUGCUGGCCAACCGCCAAAUCUCCGACCUGCUCGACGACCCGCCGGCCACCGACGAAAGGGCUAUGGUUAUUCAAAAGCUCAUCAGUAAGAUGGCUGUUGGUUACUACUUCGUCAAGCCCAAUGCCUACACUCUCGCACUGGCCACCGGCGUCAAGACAAGCAUCCAGUACGGCCACGUGGCGCACUCGUCGCUUCUCUAUGCCUGGUACGGCUGGGUAGCUUGCGGGAUUGCCAAGCGGUUCCGAGAGGCCUACCAGUGGGGCAAGUUGGCCAUCGAUCUGUGCGAAAAGCACUACGCGCAUUCACGCUUCGCUGAUCGCGGAGAGGUGUGGGAGAUCUUCUACUCGUAUCUCAACUGGUUGAAAUACCCGUUGAGCGAGUCCAUCCAAGGAUUGGAGCUCGGAUUCAAGCACGCAGUGGCUGGCGGUAAUCCAGCCUUUGGCACCGGGUGCGCUUACAACCUCGUCGGCAGCCUGUGGUACAGCGUGCCUCUGCCUCAGAUCGUCUCUUGCAGCGACCCCUAUCGGCGGUACUCGGAGGAGACGGGCUGGACUGAUGUGUGCAAGAUGCUGAUCACCUUUGAGCGCUUUGCCAAGCUGCUGAUGGGCACAGCGGUCGAUGAGUCUGACGAAGAGUUCGAGGUCUACAUCGAGACCGAUGCGAGGCCAAUGCCCAUUGCGCAACACCACACCGUGAGAAUGCACUACCUGUACAUAAUGGGUCGGUACCAUGAGGCACUCCAAGCCGCCCAGAAGACGCUGGAGCGGCUCUCCUUCAUCGCCCAGUUCAAGGAAGAAGUCGGGGCGCAGAACUUCGUCACGCCCAAGGAGCGCGUGCGCGAGCUCGGAUCGGUGUGGCGCGAGUCGGAGAAGAACAUGGAGGUGAAGCCCUCCGAGUCCCGGCUUCGCGCGAUCGAGAAGCAGCGAAAGAAGCGUAAGGAGAAGAUGCGAUCCCUGGAGCGCGGACCCUACGGUGUCAGCAAUGGCGGGAGCGGCGGGCGGCUCACCGGUGCCCUGCCCCACUCGGCGCGCGACCAGAGCGGUGGGCAGGCGGUAGCGCUGACCAAGGAGGAGUACGAGUCGUACAAGGCCACCGCGGCACAGAUGCAAGCCAAGCUCAAGCAGUGGGCCGACGCCGCGCCCUGCAACUUCGCCCACCAGUACCUCUUGGUCGAGGCGGAGCGAGCAUGGCUGGCCGAGCGCGAGCGCAGCAGCGGGCGUGACAACACGCGGCUGGCCGAGAUCGUCGACAUGUACGAGAAGGCCUUUACCAUGGCCAUCGAGAACGGAUUCGUGCAGGACGCCGCCACCGCCAAGGAGCUUUCCUGGCAGGCACACCAGGCAGCCGCCGAGUCGGCCUAUUGCUUCGAGAAGUGGGGCGCACGCGCAAUCACACGGAAGAACAAUGCGACCAAGGCCACUGGGAUGCAUUCGCCGCCGCCCGUGCGCAGCCUCACAGCCACCUCAACGCACAUCAACCCGUACUCCAGCACGACAGCCAUCAUCUCCAGUGCACUCGACCUGGACGCAGUGGUGCAGGCCACGCAACACUUGUCAUCGAAGCUGAAUCUGAGCGAACUGCUGACCUCGCUCAUGGACCUGAUCGUCACCAACACCGGCGCCACUCGCGGAACGCUGCUGCUGACGCAGGACGAAAACAAUGUCGACAGUAGCGACAGCUCUCGCGGAAGCGACGAGUCCGACGAGAACGACAAGCCCGGACAACUGCACAUCCGGGCGAGGGCCAAGUCUUCCCGCAGGGGAAAUGUGCGCGUGAAGGUGGUCCAGGUGGUGUACAACGGCGAGAACUCUGAUUUGCCCAACCGAGUGAUCAACUACUGCUGGCGCACCAAGAGUGCGGUGGUAGUGCACGAUGUGUUGGUGGACCGACGCUUCGAGACGGACGACUACGUCAUGCGGCGCCAGCCGCGUUCGGUGCUGUGCCUGCCCAUGUCGAUCAAGGGCGUGCACCGCGGCCUGGUCUAUCUCGAGAACGGAAGCGCGGUGGGCGUGUUCAGCGACGAUCGGCUGCGGCUGGUCAAGCUCCUCACGGGCCAGCUCAUGAACACGCUCGAGAACGCGCUUCUGGUCGACAGGCUGCGACAAGCCAACCGGCAGCUCCGGGCCAAGAACUCGCAGCUGCGGGAGAUCGACAAGGUCAAGGACGCCCACGAGCUGCGCACGCCACUCAACGGCAUCAUCGGCAUGGCGUCGCUCAUGGACGACACCGACAUGAACGGCCAGCAGCAGGAGUGCAUCACCGACAUUCAGGACUCGUCCGAAACCCUGCUCUCCCUAGUCAACGACGUGCUCGAUUUGUCCAAGCUCAAGGCCAUGAAGCUCAACUUUGAGGCCAAUUUAUGCGUGCUCGAUCAAUGCGUGGAGACCUGCCUGAGCGCGGUUGAGGCUCAGGCGGCCGCCAAGGACAUCGACCUGGCCUAUAUACUCGAUCCCGCAGUGCCUCGCCAUCUGAUGACCGACACCCUGCGACUACAGCAGCCCGGCGCGCCCUCUUCAUCAUCGUCAUUGUCAUCGUCGCCGCUUGCAUCAUCGUCAUCGGCGGGGUCGCACCUCCCGCGGCGGCACUCCUUGCCGGGCUCGCGUCUCUCGCGGUCUUCAUCGUCGCUGCACGACUUGCCGGACGACGACAGCAACGACGUCGACAGCGACCACGGGAGCACCAGCAGUGGCGAGGGCAGCGCCGGCGGCCUGGGCGACGGCGAUCGCACCCGUCGUCGUCGAAGCCGCAGCCGAACGCGCACGUCGCCGGCCAGUCGCACGGCGGAGCAGUUUUACACGUCGGCGCGCUGGCUCACCUCCGUGGUGAGCAAUUCCUCUCUGCCCACCAGCCCAGCAUCGCGCACGGGCCUGGCGCUCGCCGACCCAGACGUCGACUCCGACAUGGACAUGGACAUGGACAACGACUCGGCUGACAAAACGCGGAGGAGGACCGAGAAGCAGCUGGACCGCGCCACCAGCGCCGACGAGGGAGUCAAGGAGGAGAAAGAGGGGCAGACCAACUGCAACCGGAGCACCGAGCUGCACUUCCGGGUGCGCAACUCGAGCAAGGUCGUCAGCGAGGAGGAGCUGGAGCAGCUGUUCCGGCCGUUCUCCUACGGCAGCGCGGUCCACGCCUUCCAAUACGGCGGUGGCGGCCUCGGGCUGUACGUGUGCAAGAAGCUGUGUAAGAUGUUUGGGGGGCGGAUGUGGGCCGAGAGCGAUGGCGACGGCCCGGGGUUCUCUGUCCACUUCACGAUCCGCUCCGGCUUGCCGCGUUGCCUGGGCCAAGCCGCAGUGGAGCCGAUCACGUUCGCGGGCAGGAGGCUGCUGAUAUUCUUGCGUAACGCGACCAACACCCAGAUCCUCAGGGGCCGCCUCGAGCACGCCGGUGCCGCCGUGACGGUGGCCUCGACCCGAGAAGAGUUCCUGGCCAGCCUCGACGCCAAGGACCCCAGCGGCACGAGGACAGAAGAUGGGGAGGACGGUGGCCCAUUCGACGCGGUGAUGCUGGACGUGGCGAGCUACGGCCAGGCGGAGGUGUAUCUCCUCUCGCUCGCGCAGCUCGUCCCGCUCGUCCUACUCGCCACCACCACCGAGCGCGACAGCGACCGCGUACGGGAGAUGAACCUCCAGUACUCCCCCUUCCACGUCAUGCACCUUCCCCUGCGCCAGGCGCGGUUGUUGGAGGAGGUGCAGGAGGUACUGGCGAGCUUCGACGGCGGCCAAUCCACGACCGCCCACAUGCGACGAGACCGCGCGUGGGACGGCUACGCCGAGGCCCAGCCGCACGGGCGCCGGGCCAGCGCGCCCAUCGUCCGCCGGCCGAGACUGCCGGUCGAGGGCGACCACCCACUUGCCGCUGACCAGCAACCCACAUAA